AUGGCGAUCAAGGCGUCGGGGGUAAGUGCGGCCUCGCUGCUCCUCCUUACCAGCCUCCUCCUCCUCCUCCUCAUCGUUGUCAAAUCACCUGCUUCCAGCGUUGCGCUCCGAGAGAACGAAGGAGCUCAGCUCAAGGCAAGCUCGCAGGGCUGGGGAGGUGAGGAUGGUGACAAGGAAGGAUACCACAAAGGUUGGCCAGAAUACGAUCGAGUUGACGACCCCCCCGCAGGGUGGGUCAACGUAGGAACUAGGUCCAUGCACGUCUCGCGAUCAGGGAAUGGAGAGCUGGAAAAGAUCGAUGUUCCGGGGGAUGCGGUGAUCAGACCAGUCUCCGACGGGUACGAGGUUUCAUUGCCGGAUGAGCAGGAGCGGGAUCUGUAUGACGAGGACCGACACAUCAAGAAAUCUCGCAAGUGGUUGAAGCGAAGUCAGUUUAGUGACAGGGAGUGGGAUGAAAACAGGCUCUUGAGAAAGUUCUGGAAUUCCGAAGUGCACCCAGAUUCACGUUGGCACGGAUGGUCCCACGUCGGAAACUGGAUUGACCAUGUUUCUGACGGAGACGCCUCAAUGCACGUGCGACUUCAACGCCAAGAGGAGGGACCAGGAUACCCAUCCAACACAGACACCACGAGGAAUGUUUGGUAUUACCACGAUGGCUCCUACUCGUACGACAACCCUUCCAAAACACCAGCGCACGAGGCAGAGGACUUCGAUGAGGAGACGGGGGAUGGGGCACACGAUUGUGAUCUGAAGUGCAUGAUAUCUCAUAUCGCAGAGACCAUUGCCUCGGCUAUCAUAAGCAACAAUUCUUCCAAGAGUGCUGUGUUGGAUCAUCCCCUGCCCAAGUGGUUGUCCCGCGGGGAGAAGUCAAGGACCAGCGUCAGUGUGAUCACCUCCAAGGAUGGAUCUGUCGAGAGGAUUAUCGUUCCGUAUGAUAGCAUCCUUUCUCGAGGAUCUCGAGGGUGGAAGAUUUCGUUUCCAAAUCGCAAGAACCGUCAAGAAGGGCCCGGCUCUACGUCUGAGGAGUCAGUCAGUUUGCCUGUUAGCCAGAGAUGGGUACACCCUGCGCACUCGAUAGUCGAUGUCUACUCGCCGUAUUCCGAUCCAUACUAUUGUGUGGACGGGAGCAGCAAUCCUGAAUGUGGAACAGACAAAUGGGUUCGGGAGAGGACGCAUGAUUACUCGUUGGGAUGGGAAGGACCUUCGAAAGAGGAGAGAGCCAGAGACUGGGAAGCACACAAGAGUUUUGUGGCAGAGCAUGAGGGCCCGGAACAUUCUAACACUGAACCUUCUAAGGUUGGGACCCAAGAGGACCAAGAAGAGCAGAUUGCAAAGACGCUUGUUCACCUACUUGCUGGUUUGAAACAUCGCAAGACACAGGGCUUGUUGGGCUCCUCACCAUCUCGGACAAGAGCUCUCCUUCUCCAUACUCCGAGGGAUGAAGGUCAAAAGCAUUGGGCUUGGAAACGCGAUGAGCGGAUGUGGAAGAAGCUCUCCAAGACUUGGGAUCUGAAGCAGAGAAACCGCAGAGUCGAACAUCGCCUUGCACAGCUGUGGCAAAGGUCUCAGGCCGAGAAGAAGGCUCAGGGCUCAGGACAUGGAAGGUUCCAACAGUUGGCUCUGUCUGCUGACCUGAGCUCCUUCAAUUCUGGGAAAGCUUCUGAGGGGACGUUGGAGCAUCGGAUUGACUCUCGUGCGCUCCAACAACUCAGAGAGCAGCAGGAGAGAAGGAAGGAAGCUCGGGCCACCAGCAAACAAGCGAGUACACCAGGGGAGGAGGGGGGCUUCAAGGAGAGAAGGCCAACGGUCAAGGACCAGGUUCGAUCUUGGUUAUCUUCUUAUGGCGAUUCGGGAGCGUCGCUCCUUCUGAACCGAAAGGAGCGACUGGAACAGGAUGGAACCUCGCCCCAACUCUGAUGGGUAAAUCCAGAUACAAGGAUGUUGAUGCUGAUUACCCUUCGAAACUUAUCCUUUGUAAAUACAUCUUGAAACUCCAUGUGAGACGAAACAAACAAUUUAGACUCCUAGGAACUACCGCUCACAUUGGUAACCUAGACCAG